AUGUCCAAAAACGUUUGCUACGUCGAGGAUGCCGCCGAGGACUCAGAGACCUCUGUCCUCCAGGGCAUCCAAGCUACACGCCGCUAUGCCGUCUCUGAAGCUCCAGGUCCCGCGAGCCCCCCUCCCAAGGAACGUCCCAACACUGGAAAGUCCCGCGGCGAACACAGACGACACUCAAGCCGGAGGCAGGUAACCCCUCCGAGCGAUGACUAUUCAGACGAGGAACCUCCUCGCCCUGCCCCUCGCAGGGAGGAACGUCCCCGUCGGGACCAUGAACGGGAGCGAGAGCGUGAGCAACAACGUGAACAACGAGACAAAGAUCGACGCCGCAAGGAGAGAAAACAAAAAGAAGCUGCCGAGCUGCAACAACGAAAAGUCAGGUCUGAAGCUAAGCAGCAAGCUCAAGCACAGGCACAGGCACAAGCACAAGCACAGCAAGCACCCCCCAGAGAGCGUGAGGCCAAACCGGCGAGGAGACCCCGCCCUACGUCUUUGAGCCACACCAGGACUGAGCCUGUCAUCCAACAAUAUCGUAGAGGCCGUGUUGAGGACCCUUCUUGCUAUGGUGUUCAACAGCCUGCCGUUUCGGGCAUGCGCCCCCGUGCCCAAACUCGACCUCACAGCUAUUACCCUGGACAACCAGCUCCUCCUAUUUCCAAUGCUGGCUGGCAUCACCACCAGCAUUCUCAGCCACCACCCUCCUUCCCCGUUGGAUCAUUCCCUGGACCCUCGCCCUAUUUCCCUGGAGCAUCGUCUCCGUCUGUAUCGGGCAUUCCUCCAUCGCCUUCGCCUGUCGGUGGAGGACCGCCCGGCUUCUUUGACAUGCCCUCCUCGCAAGCAAGCGCCCAUCUCAGGAACCGUUUCGAGCGACCUGCUUCAUCCAUGGGAUUCCGACAGGACCAGCCUUCUCCUUCCAAUAUUGGAUACCCUCAUGAUGAGUAUGAGAUUGAGGAACAACAGCCUGAGCCUCCUCGUCCGUUAAGGCGUGCCUCUCGUUCUAGUAAGAAGCCACAGCAGAUCGAGGACGACCGUCGAAGAAUGCCUCCUCCUGAAAGUAUUCCACGACCCAAGUCCGCGAUGCCCACUCAAACCACCCCAUUCCGUGCUCCACCUCAAACAAUGACUCGUCAGAAGAGAACUCCUUCACGCCCUCCGCCAUCCACCCGUAGCCGUGUCGGGUUUGCAGACCAACAAGGUUACGAUGAUGACGAGUUCGCAGACAGCCCUGGUCUGUUUGCCGACUCUCCAGAGGCCAACUUUGACCGUCGUACAGCCUUGUCUCGCCCGCGAAGAAGCUCGGUUGCAUAUGAAAGCUAUGGUGCUGAUAUUGUUCCUGCCCGCAGCACUCGCCGCGGAUCUGUUGCAUAUGAGCGUGGAGGAAUUGACAUCAUCCCUGCCCGUAACACGAGGAGAGAUUCAUUCUAUGAUUAUGAGCAGUACGACAGUGGUGGUGCCAGUCUGGAAGAUGAGGACAAGUACAUGGACGCUAUGAAGUAUCAAGAAGAUAUCAAUGGCGGCCCUGCCAUGCCUCUUACUGCCGACGCCCUUCGCAAAGCCAGCAACCCUCGACUUGGUGGCGGAAGCAGUCGCAGCAGCGGCAGUCACGAUGACAGCGAGUACAAGCGAAGCAACACUACUGGCCUCACCCGAUCUUCGUCUAGUGAUACCGACAAUGUUACUAUCAAAGUUUCAGGUUCGGCUGUCGUGCGUGUAUCGGGUGCUGAGAUUGAAUGCGGCGAUGGAGGAGAGAUUACUUUCUCCAGACCAACUGCUGGUUCUCGCCUUGGUAGCGACCGUGCAAGCAGUUAUUAUCAGCUUGAGGACGUCCAGAGCCGGGUUGAACGAAAAGCUCUCCCCUACCGACCACACACUCCCAGUCGUUCUGACUCACAUCAUCGGGGCUAUUCUGGAAAUCAUGCCCCGUAUGAUCCGUCACUAACCAUGGACGACUACAUUUAUUGA